CGUGUAGCUGCGACCCGGCCGGCUCUCUGCAGGGCGGACUGUGCGACUCGCACACUGACGUGGCGGCUGGGAUGAUCUCGGGCCAGUGUCGCUGCAAAGCCAACGUGGAGGGCGAGCGCUGCGACCACUGCAGACGGGGACACCACGGACUGGGACAGGGGCCCCACGGCUGCCUGCCUUGUACCUGUAACCCGCUGGGCACGCUGCCGGGAGGAAACACCUGCGACCCCGACACAGGAAGGUGCUUCUGCAAGCGGCUGGUGGACGGACACGACUGCGAUCAGUGUCUGCCGCAGCACUGGGGUUUGUCCAACGACAUGGACGGCUGCAGACCAUGUGACUGCGAUCAGGGCGGAGCCGUCAACAACAACUGCGACCCUCAGUCCGGUCAGUGCGUGUGCAGGGAGCACAUGUUCGGACGCCGCUGCGAUAAGGUCGAGUCCGGCUUCUACUUCAUCUCCCUGGAUCACUACACCUACGAGGCCGAGGACGCCAAGCACGGACCCGGUGUGACGGUGGUGCCCCGGCCGUACCCGCUGGAUCGCAGUCCCACCUGGACCGGGAUGGGCUUCGUUAACGUGCCGGAGGGCGCCUACUUAGACUUCACCAUCGACAACAUCCCCGAGUCCAUGGACUACGACGUCCUCAUUCGCUACGAGCCUCAGCUGCCGGAUCAGUGGGAGAAGGUGAACGUCCGAGUGCAGCGUCCCGUCUUCAGCCCUCCAGAUUACUCGGCUCACUGCAGCAACUCCAUCCAGAGCGGAGACGAGCAGUCCAGCUCUCUCCCACCUGGAUCCAGACACGUGUUGCUGGUGAAUCCGGUGUGUUUGGAGAAAGGACUGAACUACACGAUCCGUCUCAUGCUGCCGCUCUACUCGUCAGUCAGCGAGAUCCAGAGCCCGUACACGCUCAUCGACUCC